GCAAUCCAAUGCAUGUCUACUCAGAAGCAAGCUCCAUUGGGUUCAAUGGCACUUACUCCCAGAAAGUUCAGCAGAAAAAAGGGGUGCAGGUGGUGAAGCAAGCUGAAAAACGUCCCCCAUCGCACCAGCCGCAAUCUUCCGACAACGAAGAGGAUUUGGGGACUAUCCGUGCUUUGGUGGCUAGGGUCGAGGCGUUGGAAAAGGAGCGUAGGCAGCCAAUAGACAUAGAGGCGGGCCCAAGUUCCGCCCCUGCAGGUUUGUUGAGCCUCCCAGUUCCUGUGAAGAUCGUUCUGUGUGGCCAUUCAAUCUUGUUUUGGGCGCACCGGCGUGCCUCUUCGUCAAUACCUGGAACACAGCUGCAGCUCUCGGCCAUAGUUACAGUUCGAUGGGAAGCCCGUAGGGGCAUGCUAUGGGAUGCGCUGUUGCCAUCAGUUUGCCGAAUUAUGUCUUCAGCGGAUCGGCCUCAUGUGUUGUUGAUUCAUUUGGGGGAAAAUGACUUGGUGCAGCGUCCAGGGAUGGACCUGCUUCGUAAGGUCACUCAUGAUCUCACGUGGCUUAUUUGUUCAUUUCCCAACCUCCUAUUGGUGUGGUCGGAUAUGCUAGCUAGGAGGGUGUGGAGGGGUGCUUUUCAUCCUAACAGGAUCGAUAGAUCCCGGAAAUGGGUGAAUAGGAAUGUCAGGGCUCUGGUCUUGUCUCUUGGUGGGGCAUAUAUUCCUCAUGAUAGGACCAGGUUCCAUGCCCCACAUUUGUUUUGUGAUGAUGGGGUUCAUCUUUCAGAACAGGGGUGUGAUUUCUUUUUAGAGGAUCUGAUGUUGGGAUUAAGGGGUUUGUUAAUUUCUUUGGGCUGAGGGGACCAAGCUUCAGCUGAUCCCCUCUUGUGGCAUAGAAUUCGGGCAGGUGAGGUAUUAGAGGGUUGAA